GGUCAUGACCGCGCGAACUCGCCCCCGCGCGCGUCCAACGCGUAAACGCGCGUUCCUCGAGUCGUGUGUGGUGCUCGCGUCGUGUGCGGUGCUGUGUACGCGCGCGUCGAGCGCGCGCGCGGAAGAUCUUCAACGAGGAUCGACUUCGAACUCCAUCGGUCGUUCGCUCCUCGCGGGCUCGAAAUACGAUCGCGGCGACGACAUCGCGCUGUUCGCGAACAAGGUUGGACCUUUUCACAAUCCGAGUGAGACAUAUCAGUAUUACGAUUUCCCGUUUUGUCGCUCGCCCGAAGGCGUCAAGCGCGAGCGAACGGAUUUGGGUGAAGUACUGGGUGGGGAUAGGCUCGCCAAGUCUCCUUAUGAGAUAGAAUUUGGCAUCGAUAAGGAGAAUGUGGACUUGUGCACGCAGUUUUUAGAGCGGAAAGAGGUGGAGAAGUUUCGCCGGGCGGUGAAGAAUGACUACUACUUUCAAAUGUCGUUCGACGACUUGCCGAUUUGGGGCUUCAUCGGGAAAGUGGAGAAGAUCAUGCGCGGGGGGGCGGCGGCAGAGAACAGGUAUUUCUUGUUCACGCACGUGCACUUUGAGAUUUCGUACAACGAAGAUCGAGUGAUUGAGAUCAACUUGAGUACGGAUCCAUUGAAGACGGUAGAUAUCACGGCGGACGAGGCGAUGUCGAUGCGGUUUUCUUAUAGCGUGCAUUGGAAACCGACGACGACGGCGUUUAAGGAUAGAAUGGAUAAGUACUCGCGGUAUUCUUUCUUACCCGAGCACCUGGAGAUUCAUUGGUUUAGCAUCAUCAACUCGUGCGUGACGGUUAUUUUGAUGAUGGGCUUCUUAGCGUCAAUUUUGUUGAGAGUGUUGAAGAAUGACUUUGUCAAGUUUGCGCGAGACGAAGAAAUGUUGGAGUCUCAAGAAGAGUCCGGUUGGAAGUAUGUGCACGGCGAUGUGUUCCGAUUCCCGCGGGGCAGGUCGCUGUUCGCCGCCAUAAUAGGCACUGGAACGCAACUCUUCUUUCUCGUCAUCUUCGUCUUCAUGUUGGCCCUCGUUGGCGCGUUUUACCCGUACAGCAUGGGUGCAGUCACCGCGGCAUGUUUGAUCAUGUACUCGCUCACCGCAGGCAUCGCAGGCUACGUCUCGGCGAAUACGUACAGACAAAUGGGUGGUGAAAACUGGGUGCGAAACGUGCUGUUGACGUGCGUCUUGUUUUGCGGCCCGCUCGGCGUGUUGUUCUCGUUUUUGAACACCGUCGCCAUCGCGUACAGGAGCACGGCGGCGUUACCUUUCGGUACCAUCGUACUCAUCGUCUUGCUUUGGGCCAUCGUCACCAUUCCUCUCACCAUCGUCGGAGGCAUAGCCGGUAAAAACGCCAAGGCAGAGUUCAACGCGCCGGUGCGAACAACGAAGUAUCCGCGCGACAUCCCAGCGCUGCCAUGGUACCGCGCGACGAUUCCGCAGAUGUGCAUCGCGAGCUUCUUGCCAUUCAGCGCUAUUUACAUCGAGUUGUUCUACAUUUUCGCUUCGGUUUGGGGACACAAGGUGUACACGAUUUAUAGCGUACUCUUCGUCGUCUUCGUCAUUCUCAUCCUCGUCACGGCGUUUAUGACGAUUUCGCUGACGUACUUUCAGCUCACCGCGGAAGACCACGAAUGGUGGUGGCGUUCGGUGCUGUGCGGUGGCAGUACCGCGAUCGCGAUCUUCGGUUACGCGUUCUAUUAUUAUCAUUUGCGAAGCGACAUGACGGGCUUUUUGCAGAGCACGUACUACUUCGGAUACAUGGCCAUUAUUUGUUACGGUUGGUUUUUGUUGCUCGGCACCGUCGGGCACAAGGCGAGCCUGCUCUUCGUGCGUCACAUUUACCGAGCGAUCAAGUGCGAUUAG